CCGGUGCUAAAGGAGGAGGUGGGGGUUUUAGGGCGAGAAUGGAGCACUACUUGUACAGUGGGGAGAAAAAGCAUGUACUGGCUGGUAUCGCUAUUAUCACCAUUGUUUUCGGCGUUCCUUGGGCUCUCAUGAGCAGAGCCCAACCCAAAUAGAAGGCCCAAUAGUUUUAGACCCGAAGGAUAUGCAAGGGAAGGGAAGAUAAGAGGCUGGAUAGAAAAAGCUAGCCAUGUGGGAGAGCCAACCCAGGUCCCAGAGAAAGGAAGCUGCAGCGUGAAUGAAGAGAACCAACCGACCAGCGAUGGAGAGAGAGUGCGGGCGCGUGGAGCACGAGUGCAUGUGCGACCCCGAUGACUCAAGGAGUUCGUUAGGCUGGAGCAAUGCUGAGGGGCACGGCUGGGAGAAUAUUUUCUGUUACCUGUUAUUACUAUCUUUGUAUUUCCUAAACUGCUGGGUAUAUAAGGACCCUUUGUAACAGAAUGGUUUUUAUGGAAUGAAAUUGCAAUUGACUUGCUGGGAGAUUGGCCUUGUCUCGAAGAAGGCUCUUUGCCAACACUGGUGCUUUCAUUGAGAGGUCAGGGGUUAUUGUAGAGGUCGCUGACUUGGAAAAACAAUUACCAUUGGAGGGACAAGGCAUUCUGUUAGAGUUUCAGGAUGUGUUCGCUGAACCAACACAACUACCACCGCCUCGCCAGACCGAUCACCGCAUUUUCUUGCAACCGGGUUCGAAACCAGUCAACGUACGACCAUAUUGUUAUCCUUAUUUUCAGAAGGAUAUUAUUGAACAGUUAGUUCGGGAGAUGGAGCAUUAUGGGUUUGUUCAACCAAGUAAUAGUCCUUAUUCUUCACCGGUCCUGUUAGUCAAGAAAAAGGACGGGUCGUGGCAUUUUUGUAUUGAUUAUCGCGCAUUGAAUGACAUUACCAUUAAGGACCGAUUUCCCAUACCGACCAUAGAUGAGUUAUUGGACGAGUUGGGCGGAGCGACAGUAUUUUCUAAGUUGGAUCUUCGGGCGGGGUAUCAUCAAAUCCGAAUGGAUUCUCGAGACAUUCACAAAACAGCGUUUUGCACUCACGAAGGCCACUACGAAUUUCGCGUAAUGCCAUUCGGUCUUACUAAUGCUCCUUCGACAUUUCAAGCCACUAUGAAUCAGGUAUUCAAGCCACUACUGCGCAACUGUGUCAUUGUUUUCUUUGACGAUAUUUUGAUUUACAGUAAAACUGGGGAGGACCAUCGCCGCCACUUGCGACUUGUGUUACAGCGGCUUCGGGAUCACUGUUUUUAUGCGAAAGGCAGCAAGUGCAAAUUCUUUCAGACAACCAUAGAUUACUUGGGGCACUUAAUCUCGGCACAAGGGGUUCAGGCAGACCCUUCCAAGGUCGCUGCAAUGGUCGAAUGGCCCCAGCCUCAUACUAUUAAGCAUCUACGGGGAUUCUUGGGUUUGACUGGCUACUAUCGGAGAUUCGUGGCCCACUAUGCCACCAUAGCAGCCCCUCUUACGGAACUAUUGAAGAAAGACAACUUUGUUUGGACCGAACAAGCCACGACAGCUUUCCUUCAGCUCAAACAUGCUAUGACCGAGACCCCAGUUCUCCUUCUACCAGAUUUCUCUAAGCUGUUUGUCAUCGAAUCGGAUGCGUCAAAUGUGGGCAUCGAGGCAGUUCUCAUGCAAGAGGGUCAUCCUAUUGCUUUUUUCAGCAAGAAACUUGGUCCUAAGUUUGUGGGUACUUCAGCAUAUCUAAGAGAGUUAAGGGCGAUUGUGGAGGCAGUUACCAAAUGGCGACAAUAUCUGUUGGGACGCCACUUUGUUAUUCGCAUUGACCACCGGAGAUUGAAAGAGUUACUUACUCAAGUAAUUCAAACACCGGAACAACAACAUUUUCUGAGAAAGCUAAUUGGUUUCAGUUUUUCAAUAGAAUAUAAGGCUGGAAAAGCUAAUUCAGCGGUAGAUGCACUAUAUCAGCAACAUGAGGGGUCGUUAUUUUUUUCUGCUGCUAUUUCUUCUGCAUGUUUUGAUUUUUUGGACGAGUUACGAAGGGAAAAUACAACCUGCCCAGAACUGAGGCGCAUCCAUACUCAGUUGGCCGAGAGAACAUUAGAAGGGUCGGAUUAUGCGGUGCGAGACGGUUUAUUGUAUUACAGGCAACGUAUUCGAGUCAGCACUCAUUCGAACUUCAAGCAGCGACUUAUUAAGGAGUUCCAUGAGACUCCUAUGGGUGGACACGCGGGGUCGGAACGCAUGUUCCUACGGUUGAGUGCGAAUUUUUUUUGGCCAGGUAUGCAAUCUGAAGUUCGAAAGUUUGUGCAGUCAUGUGUCAUCUGUCAAACAGUAAAAUACUCACCCGCUGCCCCCUACGAAUUGCUACAACCAUUGGAGCUUCCAGAACGUGUUUGGGAGGACCUAGCCAUGGAUUUUAUCGUGGGGUUACCGAACUCUUGUGGAGUCACUAACAUCUUGGUGGUUGUAGAUCGCUUCACCAAAUACGCUCAUUUUGGGGCCUUACCGAAUCACUAUUCAGCUACCAAGGUCGCGGAACUCUUUUCUCAUAUGGUGAUACGUUUACAUGGUAUGCCAAGGUCUAUCGUUUCGGAUCGCGACCCGAUCUUCACUAGUGCAUUCUGGAAAAAAAUUAUUCGAGUUAAUGGGUACUAAGCUGAAGAUGAGCUCUUCGUACCAUCCCCAAACAGAUGACCAAACAGAAGUCACUAACCGCUAUCUAGAACAAUAUCUCAGGGCCUUUACAGCGGACAAUCCUAAACAGUGGAGUAAGUUUCUUUCGUGGGCGGAAUACCACUACAAUACCAGCCAGCACUCCGCUAUUGGUAUGACCCCUUUUCAGGCAGUUUAUGGAAGAGCUCUCCCAACUAUCCCUGCGUACACUCGAGGUACCACCACCAUUCAAGCUGUAGAAGAUGACUUGCUCACUCGUGAUGCCAUUCUGCAGCAAUUGAAGAACAAUCUGCUCCAAGCUCAACACCGUAUGAGACAGCAAGCUAAUAAAAGACGAAGAGACAUUGAGUUCAAGGUUGGUGAGUUGGUGUUAGUUAAGUUACAGCCAUAUAGACAAGCAACCGUGGCUAAGCGCCUUAACUAUAAACUAUGUAGUAGGUACUUUGGCCCAUUUCCCAUCAAAGCUCGGGUUGGGGCCGUGGCUUACACCCUCGAAUUACCAGCAGGAAGUCGCAUUCACCCGACCUUCCAUGUUUCACUGCUCAAACCGUUUUAUGGUAGCUCUCCAACGACUUGCUACCCACUGCCCGAGCUCACUGUCAAUAAUAAACCGGUCAUGGUUCCCCAGGCCAUCUUAGCUACACGAUUCAUUCAGGGCACACCACAAGUGUUGGUCCAGUGGUCCUUGAGCGUGUCGGAAGAUGCAACUUGGGAAGAUUUUCUAGAAUUCUGCCGCAUUUACGAUCUUACCAACCUUGUGGACAAGGUUGUUUUCGAGCAGGGGAGUAGUGUUAGCCCAACCCAAAUAGAAGGCCCAAUAGUUUUAGACCCGAAGGAUAUGCAAGGGAAGAUAAGAGGCUGGAUAGAAAAAGCUAGCCAUGUGGGAGAGCCAACCUAGGUCCCAGAGAAAGGAAGCUGCAGCGUGAAUGAAGAGAACCAACCGACCAACGAUGGCGAGAGAGUGCGGGCGCGUGGAGCACGAGUGCGUGUGCGACCCUGAUGGCUCAAGAAGUUCGUUAGGCUGGAGCAAUGCUGAGGGGCACGGCUGGGAGAAUAUUUUCUGUUACCUGUUAUUACUAUCUUUGUAUUUCCUAAACUGCUGGGUAUAUAAGGACCCUUUGUAACAGAAUGGUUUUUAUGGAAUGAAAUUGCAAUUGACUUGCUGGGA